GCCCAUUUAAACCCAUUUUUCCCUUCCCCUCCAUGACUUUCCUGCCUAGCCCAAGGGAUGUUGUCCAGGAAGAGCCGACCGAACUGUUCCGCCCGUCCAUACCCAGAGCCUUGUUCAUCGACUGGCAAGCCUCGUUCUUCGACUGACAGUUGAACUCGUCCGGUCACGAGGAAUUGCGUGCGUGUGGUGACGGAAUCGACUCUGGAGCAACAACCGACACCAACCGAGGCCUCUGAUUCGACGGCAGGAGUGCGCCGCCCGUAAUCCAACGAGAACAACGUGGGCGCAAAACGUGGACACGAAGCGUGGGAGAUCGUGGGGUUGACAGCCUGUCGGUGGUUAUUCUCAGCUUGUCGAACAAAGCCACCCUGAAACUGAGAUCCGGGCUGUAAACCACGCAGGCCCAGUGUCCGAGUCUUGGGGUUUUUGAGAAUAAAUCACUUCUCGGCGUCAAGCCCGGUCGUUUUUUACUUCCAUCCGAAGCGCAACAGCCGAGUCUCCCGGACUGAGCAGUAAACCGGCAUAUUCGCUCAUUGGCCUGGGUAUACGGUCUCGCGCGAACGCCCUCAGUAGCGGGCUGGCACUAACGCCUAUCAGCAGCGACCGGCAAAGCUCCGAGCUGCUCCGAGAGGCUGCUUCGCGUUACACAAAAACCGGCGGCUGCAGCCAAGGUCGUCCGUCGAUCGGAUCAUCCUAGCUAUGGGUCUCCUCGCUCUCGGGACGGCCCUGGAGUGGCCAGAGGCCAAGAAAAACGCCCACCAAGUGCGCGAAUGGGGUAUCAAGCAACUCCUGGAGAUAUGGAACAAGGCAAAGCAUAAGGAGAAGGACGCUUUGCUCUGGGGAGACGAGGUCGAAUACCUGGUUGUGGUUUACUCCAAGGACGAGCCGGGCGUCAAGUUAUCUCUGAGACAGGCCGAAAUCCUAGAGGCUUUGGCUACUGAUUCCAGCCUCGCGGCUCAGGGAGGAUGCGUUCCCGCGCUUCAGGAGACAAGCUGUACCGAUGACCAACCGUUGCCUGUCUUCCAUCCCGAGUUUGGCCGCUUUAUGCUCGAGGCCACUCCCGGGAAGCCAUGGGGUAUUGGUUUCAAGGAGUUGCUAAAUGUCGAACCCGACAUGAGGCGCAGGCGUGUUCUCGCCAAGGAGCACAUGCGCCCAGACGAAUACCCCAUCACGUUGACUACUUUUCCGCUGCUCGGCAGCCCGGGAGGCUUCCUUGACCCCUACUACCCGCCCUCUGGCCCUAAACUGCGAUCGCAGUUUGUCCCCGAUGAGAUAGCAAACCCGCAUAUCCGCUUCCCAACACUAGCAGCCAAUAUCAGAUCCCGUCGCGGCCGCAAGGUGCAGGUCAACGUGCCCGUUUUCCGCGACGAGAAGACGCCCUGGCCCUGGCGAGACCCCACCGUCAACCGCGACCUACACAACUGGCCCGAGGACGAGGAUGUGCGCUCGGGCGGCGCCGCCCCGGACAACUUCAUCCACAUGGAUGCCAUGGCCUUCGGUAUGGGCAGCUGCUGCCUCCAGAUAACCUUCCAGGCCAAGAACAUCACGGAGGGUCGGACAAUGUACGACCAGCUGAGCCCGCUGUGCCCUAUCCUUCUCGCCUUGACCGCGGCCACCCCGAUCUACAAGGGCUUCCUUGCCGACACGGAUGCGAGGUGGAACCAGAUCAGCCGUGCCGUCGACGACCGAACCAAGGAGGAGAUGGGAGAAGAGCCCCUGAAGAACGACAGGUGGAGGAUACCAAAGUCGCGGUACGCGUCCAACUCGACGUACAUCUCGACGGACCCGCGGAUGCGGCCCGAGUAUAUGGACCCCGACCUGGUGGUGGACGAGGACAUCAAGGCGCAGCUCGUGGCGGGCGGCAUGGACGAUCGGCUGGCGACGCACUUUGCGCACCUCUUCAUCCGGGACCCGAUCGUCAUCUUCGCCGAGGACCUGCUCGAGCUGGACUUGAGCAAGACGGACCACUUUGAGAACAUCCAGUCGACCAACUGGCAGCACAUGCGCUUCAAGCCCCCGCCGGCCGACAACAGCAUCGGCUGGCGCGUCGAGUUCCGGCCCAUGGAGAUCCAGAUGACCGACUUUGAGAACGCGGCGUUUGCCGUCUUCAUCGUGCUCGUCACGCGCGCCGUGCUCUCCUUCAACCUCAACUUCUACAUGCCCAUCGCCCGCGUCGACGAGAACAUGGAGACGGCGCACGCGCGGGACGCGGUGCUGGAGCGCAAGUUCCACUUCCGCAAGGACCCCUUUCCGACCCGGGCCCCGGCCCCGCCCCGCGGCGGCGGCAGCGGCAGCGGCACCGCCGCCUCUUCAGGCACGGCGACGCCGCAGCACCCCUUCAGCCGCUCGCCGACGCCGACGGGCCCGGUCGAGGACGAGCACCGGCCCAUGACCAUCGACGAGAUCAUCAACGGCACGCCGCCGUCCUCUCACGACGGCGGCGACGACGACGAGUCCCCGCCCUUCCCGGGACUCAUCCCCAUCGUCGAGAGCUACCUGGACUCGGUCAACGUCGACGUCGACACGCGCUGCCGCCUGGCCACGUACCUGGACCUGAUCCGCCGCCGCGCUUCGGGCGAGCUCUCGACGGCGGCGCGCUGGAUCCGCGACUUCGUGGCCGCCCACCCCAGCUACGCCCGCGACAGCGUCGUGCCGCCCGACAUCGCCCACGACCUCGUCGCCGCCGUCGUCGAGGUCGGCGAGCGCGAGUGCGCAGGCCGCGGCCUCGCCGGCCUCGCCGGGGUGGCGCCGGGCCUCGACAAGCUGCUCGGCUCCGUCCGGUGCGGCCCCGAGCGUCGCUGACCGGGCGUUGACUAGCGCUGGCUUACUUCCGUCUUUUGGUGGUGGACUCCCUUGCCAUGUGACUAGUUUUGAUACUUUGUUGGAUUGGGGUGUCUGCCUCCCCAGCACGGCGGCCGCGAAUCACGGAAUGUAUGGUAUUGCUCACAGGAGAGGCACUCUGGUCAUUUGCGCUUUGCUGUUUACGAGCCUUCACUUCCGAUUUGCAAGCUUGCGAAACCAUGGUUCGGUAUGCAGGCCACAGUUGGCGCACAACAUAUUUGUGUGUUUCAAGAGAGUCAUGUCGAUGGCGAUUAGACAUUUCAUUUUUAUAGAAUCUCACUUUUUUGUCCCAAGACAGGUUCCCCCAUGUUUUUGUGAACCAGGCCCCUACGAGC